AUGCAUGCCGUCCUUCGCAGCUUGCGCACAUCGCCUCGACAUCUUGUCGCUGGGUGCGAGGUAGACCCUGCCUUUCCGGGCACGUCGCUGCAGCGGCUUCGAAGUUGUCACCUCCGGCUUCUCUCGUUGGCACAUGAAGAUCUUUCUGCAGAUUGGGAGGAUGUUCGUCGUCGGCUGUUGUGGGCCGGAGGUAUGAAGGACCUUCCAGCUCGGCGUGGCCAAAUAACCACCGCGCAUGCGUUCAAUGAUGACAACCACUGCGACCUCACAGCAAUGGCUAAAAACGUCAUUGACAAUGAGCAUACCGGCGGCGUGAAGAAUCUUUCCUUGGGGAAUCGUCUCGGGCCACUAAUCCGAGUCGCAUCGCUGCCCGAGUUGGGCGCCGGCGGCUCCUGGAGCACUUGUAUGCUGGGCUGCAACGAGGAUUCGCCGCAAGAUGUGGCACACGUCCAGUUCAAAUCGAGGAUCGCCUUCAAGCUCGUUUGGUGCCCACCAGACUACCACAGCUUCGUGCUUGUGGACGACAAGGGGAAAUUUCUGGCUGCCGGCCAGCCCAGAGGAGGCAUGCUGCCCUCCAUGGAUCUGAGGGCUUCGAACUUCAGAAUGGUUCAGGGAAGCCGCUACGAGCGCGUCCCUCUGGAAUAUGCCGAGCGUUGUCGGCUUUUCGUUGGGCCGGAGCGUCUCGAAGGAUUCAGCUGA